CGUCAGUUCAUUCUUGUCGCUUGACCUAAGAGUAUAACAAGAUACUCCAGGUAACAAGCAGUUCACAAAAUAUUUAUUGAUAUUUUAUUUUUACUAUAAACAAUUUUACUGUUAAAAAAUAAACAUGAUUUUAAAUGCAACUAUCCGAUUAUUAGUAUUUUUUAUUCUGGUCACAAAUAUUUGUACAUAUAGAAUUCGGCGUGAUGAUGAUACAAAAUGGACCCUUCGAGUUCUUCAUACCAAUGAUAUGCAUGCAAGAUUUGAAGAAACAUCAGCAUUAUCAGGAAGAUGCUUACCAGAAGAAGCUCGGGCAAAUAAAUGUUAUGGAGGGUUUGCAAGAAUAGCAACCCUUGUCAGACAAGCAAGAAAUUCAGGUGUCCCAACACUAUUUUUGAAUGCUGGUGAUACUUUUUAUGAAAGUGUAUGGUUUACUGUACAUAAAUGGAAAAUAGCAUCAAAAUUUUUAAAUCUUCUUAAACCGGAUGCCAUAUCACUAGGAAACCAUGAGUUUGAUGACGGACCACCGGAUCUAGUUUCCUUUAUCAAAUAUGCCAAAUAUCCAAUAGUCACUUGCAAUCUUGAUCUAUCUAAGGAAUUUGCCCUGGCAGCAGCCAAUCUAAAAAAAAGUGUGGUUCUUGAUGUUAAGGGCAAAAAAAUUGGAAUAAUUGGAUAUCUAACUCCUACGACACCGUCUAUUUCCGAUGGUGGUAAAGUCAUUUUUUUGGACGAAAUUGAACCCAUCAGACAAGAAGUAAAAAAGCUCCAAGCCCAAGGUGUUGAUAUUUUGAUUGCUCUUGGACAUUCAGGGUUUAAUACAGAUAAGAGAAUAGCUGCUGAAGUUGAUGGUUUAGAUUUAGUUAUUGGAGGACAUACUAAUACUUUUCUUUACACUGGUAAACAACCAGAUAUAGAAGUACCUGAUGGUGUUUACCCUACUGUAGUUACUCAGAAAAGUGGUAGAAAAGUUUAUGUAGUCCAAGCAUAUGCAUAUACAAAAUACCUUGGUGAUCUUACCAUUGAUUUUGAUUCUAAAGGAGAAAUACAAAAAAUUAUGGGAAAUCCAAUUUUAGUUGAUAGUAGUAUCGCCCAAGCUCAAGAUAUUCUCGAUGAACUAGAUAAGUGGAGACCAGCUAUUGAUAAUUUAACUCAUACUGAAGUGGGAUACACCAAAGUAUUUUUACUAGGCAACUAUAGAGAGUGUCGAAGACGAGAAUGCAAUCUUGGAAACCUCAUUGCUGACUCUAUGGUCGAAUACAAUGCAAAUAAGUACCACAACAUUGAUGGAUGGACUGAUGCCGCAAUUGCUCUCCUUAACGGUGCAUUUAUUAGAACAUCGAUCAAUAAACCUCCUGAUUUUCCGAUAACAAUGAGUGACGUAUUAGCAAUUCUGCCUUUCAAUUCUGUCAUUGGAAAAAUUAACAUAACAGGAAAACAACUCCUUGAAGCAUUAGAGUUUAAUGUAUAUACUUUAGAGUAUAAUGAUACAACUAAUCUCGAGCCAAGAUUCAUGCAACUUUCUGGAAUCAAGGUAGUCUAUAAUUUAUUUAAGCCACCUGGGUCAAGGGUGGUUUCCGUCCGAGUUCUUUGUGCGAAAUGUCGAGUUCCAGUGUACGAGAAAUUAAAGAUGAAUCAAAUUUACACAGCCAUUGUUCCAAAAACUCUGGGUACUGGUGGAAUCGGUUUUAAUAUGUUUAAAGGACUUAAAUGGAUCUCAUUAGAUAUAACAGCUGAUCAAGUGUUAGCAAAGUAUUUGAAACAUAGAAGUCCUGUUUAUGUUGCAGAGGAGGGAAGAAUAAAAUAUGAAAAUAUCAGAGAAAUAUCAACAUCUAGUUCAAGUAAUGUUUAUCUAUCAAGAGGAUUGUUAUCGUUGAUACUUUUUCAUUUAUUUUUUUUAUUGAAUUGAACUAAAUUUAUUUUUUAAUAGACCUACAUAGAACAUAAGUUUUUUUUAUUAAACGACUAUAUUUUA